AUGGGAUGGGAUACGAUACGAUACGAUACGAUACGAUACGAUACGAUUACGAUACGAUUACGAUACGAUUACGAUACGAUACGAUGGGAUGGGAUGGGAUGUGAUGGGAUGGGACAGGAUGUGAUGGAAGCAACGCAAAUGAUUAAGUAUGAGCAUGGCUAUACUAACACCACCCUCUUUCUUUAUGUGCGGGAAAUCUCUGAUAUGAGUAUAACUAUCCGAACAGCAAGUCUUUACGAUAUGAGUACGAUUACGAUACGAUACGAUGUGAUGGGAUACGAUGUGAUGGGGUACGAUGCGAUGCGGUUACGAUACGAUUAUGAUUACGAUAUGACUACGAUACGAUACGAUAGGAUAAAAUGGGGUAGUAUAGGAUAG